AUACCUUGGAGAUAACGGCAACUCCUUGAAUGAACCAAUCGCAGGAGCGCUUUCUGGCAUUUAAACCGCGUGGCGUCAUCGUCAUCAAAUUCAAAAUUUAGAUAGAGACGAAAGAGAACUGCCGACGGUGCUACAGUGUAUUCCACGUUUUCUUGAAAAGGUGGCGUGAAAACCUGCACAAAAUGGCGCAGUUUGGGUUUGAGAACGACAUCCACAGUAUCUUGAAGCUGGAUAUGCCCAUCACAAACGCUCCCAUGGCGAGGUGGCAGAGGAAGGCCAGCUCAUCUAACUCAUCCGCCUUGAACGGUUUGUCUCCUGGCAAAUCUGCUAAUGUGUCACAGAGCUCAUCGAAAACGCCGAGCAAAACUCCAGGCAAAAACAAAAAACAAACACCCUCAAAGAUGGGAGGCGACCGCUUCAUUCCCAUCAGAAACAGCAAACAAAUGGAUGUGGCGAGUUUCCUGCUCACAAAGGAGAACGAACCUGUCGAGACCAACACAACAGUAUCAUCAGAAAACCAGAAAGCCUGGUCUGUGUCACUAAAUGGAUACAACAUUGAAGAUGCAAAGAUUCUGCACCUUGGAGGGAAGCCGCUGAAUGCUCCUGAAGGCUAUCAAAACAACUUGAAAGUCCUCUACAGUCAGGCUAUAACUCCUGCAUCUGUCAAAAAGUCGAGAUACAUAUCUUCAACUCCUGACAGAAUCUUGGAUGCUCCUGAGCUUCGAAAUGAUUUUUAUUUGAACUUACUUGACUGGAGCAGUCAAAAUGUUCUUGCUGUGGCACUUCAUAACAAUGUUUACUUGUGGGAUGCCACUCAAGGAGACAUCACUCUUCUCAUGAAGCUGGACCGUGAGGAGGACUACAUCUGCUCACUGUCCUGGACCAAAGAGGGAAGCUACUUAGCUGUUGGCACCAGUGACUGCAAAGUACAGCUGUGGGAUGUCGAGAACCAGAAGCGGUUACGCAGCAUGGCCAGCCACACAUCCAGAGUUGGUAGCCUGAGCUGGAAUGACCAUGUUCUGUCCAGUGGCUCAAGAUCAGGACACAUCCACCAUCAUGAUGUGAGGGUGGCAGACCAUCACAUCUGCACUCUCAGUGGUCACUCACAGGAGGUGUGUGGGCUGCGGUGGUCUCCUGAUGGGCGAUACCUGGCCAGUGGAGGCAAUGACAACUUGGUGUGCGUAUGGCCCCGUGUGCAGGAGGGCGGCGCCAGCAACGGCAGCCAGUCGGUCCGUAGCUGGAGCGAACAUCAAGGAGCUGUCAAGGCUUUGGCUUGGUGUCCAUGGCAGCCGAAUAUCCUUGCAUCUGGAGGUGGUACCAGUGACCGUCACAUCCGCAUCUGGAAUGUAAACAGUGGCUCCUGCGUCAGUUCACUUGACACUCAGUCACAGAUCUCGUCACUGGUGUUUGCGCCCAAUUACAAGGAGCUGGUCUCUGCCCACGGAUAUGCUCACAAUAAUGUUGUCAUCUGGAAGUACCCCUCUCUCACCAAAGUUGCAGAGCUUAACGGCCACGAGGACAGAGUUCUCAGUUUGACUCUGAGCCCAGACAGCUCCACCGUUGCGACUGUUGCUGGAGAUGAGACCAUUCGUCUGUGGAAGAGCUUCGAAGUGGAUCCUGUUAAGAAGAAGGCCAAAGAAAGGAUGACCAAAUCAACUAGCAGUGUCAUUCAUCAGUCAAUCAGAUAAUUACUUUUUUUUUUUUUUUUUUUUUUUUUUUUGAUCUAUCCUGAAAUAAAUUCUGUGCAAAUGUUUUAUUUAAUCCACAAUAAAGAUUUCCACCCAAUGUUUUAGCCUUACCUGGCAACUAUACUUCUGAUGGGUGCAGUAUAUAGGCUGUUGGUCUUGAUUGUUUAUACAGUUCUAAUGUGGUAAAGUACAUGUGUCAAGUGUUGGCUUUUAAGCAGCACUGUUCAUUAUGUAUUUAUGACCUUCACUUGGCUUUUAUUGUAUCACAAGGAUGCAUUGUAUACAGUAGACUGGGUUAUUAAUAAAUGGUUUGUUUACCAUA